AUGGCCACGCACGAGACACCAACGUCUCCACCUCAGAAUCUGAAAAAGAAUCGCAAAAUAUCGCAGAGACGCGCACGCUCGGGAUCUGUCGCUGCCCAUUUUGAUGGGCAUCAGGACGCGUUGAACAAAAUACGCUCGUUUCUCAAGUCUCGCUCGACCUACGAUGUAUUCCCGCUCAGCUAUCGACUCGUCGUGCUCGACAGCAAGCUGCCCGUCAAACAGGCGCUCAAUAUCAUGCAUCAGGCGGGCGUCGUGUCUUGUCCCGUGUACAACCAAAAAAACUGGGCCUUUGCGGGCAUGCUCACACUCUUGGACAUUAUCCAUCUGAUUCAGUGGUACUAUCUCAAAGCGGAGACGUUCGAAACAGCAUCGGCGGAUGUCGAAACUUUCCGCAUCGAGAGUAUCCGCGAUAUCGAAAAGGAACUCAACGUCCCGCCGCCACCGCUCAAUCAUAUUCACCCGACCCGACCUUUAUUCGACGCAUGCAAGCAGCUGCUUCAAACACAUGCUCGACGACUUCCAUUAAUCGACCACGACUCGGCUUCCGGAAUGGAACUCAUCGUCUCCGUAUUGACCCAAUACCGCGUCUUGAAGUUCAUUGCUAAUAACUGCAAAGAAAUCGCCAGUCUGCACAUGUCUCUCCGUGCUCUGGGUAUUGGGACCUACAUCGACCCCAAGCCGGAUGAUCCCUAUUAUCCACUUGCGACUGCAACCAUGGAUACAACUGUUUUCCAUGUCGUACAUAUGUUCUCCCAGAGAGGUAUCAGUGCGGUGCCCAUCUUGGACGAGAAUGGUGUAGUUAUAAACCUCUACGAGACUGUCGAUGUCACGACCCUUGUACGCUCUGGUACAUACACCAAGCUGGAUCUUUCAAUCCGCUCAGCCUUGGCCCAGCGCUCAGCCGACUUCCUCGAGUUUAUCAAGGCCCAAAGAUGUCACCGUCUCGUCGUCGUUGAAGGCGAAGGUCCGAACAAGGGCAAGCUCGCCGGAAUGAUCACAUUGAGUGACGUACUGCGCUACAUCGUUGGCGGUGGAAAGGAAGGAAGCUUGGCUGCGAGUAUGGAACGCAUGAACAUCACUGCCAAUACGCCAAUUGUUUCCGCAAGCAGCAGCACCUCGAUGACUCCAGUACCUGGUACCCCAGCAAGUCCUCCGGCUACGGACAAUAUUGGGCCUGCAAGUCCAUAA